AUGGAGCGUCCGACAGCAGUCCUCUUCCUUUUGGCAGUCGCCGUCCUCACCGUCGAAGGUGUUUCUAUUACCAAACGUCAGGUGGGUUUCGUUGGCGGUUUUUCACCCGCCAAAGUGGACGAUCCUGACGUUCUUAAGAUGGCGGAUUUUGCUACGACCGCUGUGUCAGCCAGUACCAACUCAGGACCCGUCAAACUGCUCAAAAUUGUAAAGGCGGAAACGCAGGUGGUUGCCGGUACCAACUACAAACUGAAUCUUGAGCUGUCCAGUGGAGCCAAUGCCGCUCCAUUGCCCUGUGAGGUGGUCAUCUUCGAUCAACCUUGGACCAAUACUCGCAAGAUGAUCAAGUCCUCUUGCUCAGCAAAAAGAAAAACGACCAGACAGAUUCCUGGUGGUUCUCAGCUACCCGGUGGAUUCUCCCCACUGGAUGUAAGUUCCAAAAACGUAAAAGAAAUCGCUUCUUUUGCCACAACCGCCAUAUCUGCAAACACCAAUUCGGGGCCUGCCACUUUAGUUAAAGUCAUUAAGGCCGAAUCCCAGGUGGUAGCUGGAACAAAUUUCAAGUUGACGAUGGAGUUGGAUCCGGUUGAGGGAGACAAUCUCCUCUGCGAAGUGGUUGUAUUCGAUCAGCCCUGGACCAACACUCGCAAACUGAGCGAGUCUAAAUGCUUCCCAACUAAAAAUUUAUUAGUCAAGGUUGCUGAAGUUCCUCACAGUGACACUCAAGUGAAGACAGCCAGAAAGUAA